AUGGAUCUACACUACUAUGUUAUUCAACCACUUAUCUCAUCGAUUAAGACGGGCAAUAUUUGUCAUGAUUGUUUACUUAUUAUUCUUGCUCUUUUUUGUUUAACAUUCAUCAGCAAGGUUUCUGCCUAUGCAAUGGAGAUAUUACAACAUCGUAUGAGAGCUGUGUCUUUGCGUCCACUUACAGCUAGUUACACGAUUGAUGUUGUUGUUAACACUUUGGAAUCGGAAUAUACAACAUUUCGUAUGCAGGUACCGGAAGAAUAUCUGGGUAUUGUUCAUCACAUUCACACAUCUGACAUUAAUAUUCGUUCGGCCAGACAAAUUCCUUCACAAAGUGUAAAAUCGACUGCUCAUCUUGAUGAACUCGUUAAUUAUUUCAUUACAACAAAAACAGAUCUUAUCAUUUCACCUGAUAUUCAUCUUUUUGUCAAACAGAUGCAAGAAUCAUCAUCAUCAUCAGUUGGUAAUUCAAGUUCAAAUAAAUCAUCCGAAAACUAUCAUUACCAAAUUACACUCUUCUCACGUGAACUGACCUUCAAACAACUCAAAGCUGCUAUAUCCGACUGGACAAUGGCCUAUCGAAACUAUAUGAAAUACAAAAACAAAGGUAAAAUGACAUUUAUCGAAAUAUUUUCUGAUUAG